ACCAGCAACAAUCGUAGUAACUUUAAAACAGCUAUGGCUGCAAAUUACUUUUUAUUCUGUCCUUUAAGUUACUUUGGCAAGUGACUAACCAGUUUUUUCAAAGGAAUCUUGUUUGCUUGAAUACCAAAACAUUUGGCAUUAAACAUUGAAGCCACCGUCGCCAGCUGACUAAGAGUAUCGCCCUGGAAAUACACACAUACAGUGCAAAGUAUGUUUUCUUCCAAGAUAUCUUCACUGUUUGUUUUAGGCAUACAACAACAACGCCUGGUGCUUUCACAUUUAAUCUAAGAUAUGGCUGGAUGACCAAGUGGCUACAGAGAUAACUGUAAUUGCCGGUUUACUCCCCAUAACAACUGCUCUUUUCGAUGCAGCAAAUGUGACUUGAUUGAAUUGUUACUCCCGUCUUUCAAGUUAUUGGCCACCCUUCUCUAUAGCAGACCCUUUAGCCAACAGUGACUCUAAGGUCCUAUUAUCCUAUUAUUGUAAUGCAAUGGUGACCUCUGAAAACAGAGGACCCAGGUUAUGAUCCAAACACUCAAAACCGUGUCAAUGUUUAAAGUUUUGGCUCAUGCUGCAGUUUGCAUAAAUGCAGCAAACCUGUUUUUGGGGAUUUUUUUAACAAAAAAGUCACAUAAAUGCAGAAUGGGGUCAUGUCAUAUUUGGAGAAAUGUCUCUGGUUGUCUUAACAAAAACAAAAACUUUAUAAAUCCAGUUAUGUGCAAAAUAUUUUUUGCAGAUUUUGACUAGACACAGCCAUGAUAGUUAUUGCUUUUGAAUUGGUUUUGCAGUCAGUUACAGGGCCAGCAACGGUGCCUCGUGCUGCCGUUGGUCACAAAGGUUUUCUCCAGCACAGCAACAUUCACUCUGAGCUGCUGAGGCAGCAAGCUGUAGGCUUUGUAGGUUUGUCUGAUGCCAGGUGGAGAGACCGGAAGCAGGAAUCAAAUUUAAAUGUAAGUAGCAUUAUAGGUAAAACAAUAUAAAAAAUUUGGGAAAUGGAGUUUAACCACACAAGGCACUUCCCAGUCCUGCAAAUUAAAGGGAAAUACAGAGCAAGUGUAGCUAUAUACAGAUGUUGAAUGCUUUGGAAAUAAGAUUUUUAUUAUUGGCCAAUGAAGAAAAUCAAUUACAUUUCUAUAAAUAGUUAAUAUUUCUUUAAUUGCAUACUUCAUUUUGAAAUGCAUCAGAUCUGUUUCAUGUUUUAUAUUUAAAUAUAGCUAUGACCAAAACAUUUGAAAGCAAUAGGUACCUGCUGAAUGAAUCAAGAUUUAAAAUGGUAUUUUUUUUAAAUAGAUUUUUGUAUCGAAUUAUUACAUAGUUCAUGUCGUUACAUUUUUUUGGGACACAUCUGGGGAGACUUUGCGCUCAUUGGCUUAAUUCAUUGAGAGCCAUUUAAAAAAGGUCCCACUUUUGUCCUGCCAGGCUGUUGUGGCGGAGGAGAUAAGAGCCUGUGUGAAGGCCUUUGAACAACAGAGCUUCAAUGACAAGUUCAACUGACCUUUUGUUUUCCUUUAUGCAUUGAAAGCGAGCAGUUUCUUUUCUUUCCCAUAGUAACCAAUCAGUCCACUCCCAAUUGAUAGGGAUUUCUUUGAGCUUUUACGUGUGAUGUUCCGCCUUAACACUCAGGUCUGAUCUUACAGGUUUUUGUUUUCUGCAUCCUAACCUGUUGCCGCCCCCCCCCACUCACUGUCCAUUUGCAUGGCCAGCUGCUGCUGCCUUUCUUCAUGUUGAAUUCUAAUCAUUACUUUCAAAGGAAAGCGUCUCCAAAGCGUCUUUAUUAGGGUCCGUAUACUGGGAGGAGGCAAGCCACUGUCCAGCACCCACUCAGGCAGUUCUUCUUCUUCUUAGCACUUCUGUUCUGCAGUCCGGGAGCAUUUCCUAUUGGUAACCUACUUUUUCCAGUUAGGAGAAAAACAACGCAUGGAAGAAUAAGCUCUGCAGUGAUGCCAUGAGAUUGAUUCUGGUUAAACCCACCAACGCAACGCGGCGUCUGGACUCAACGGGGGAAGUCUUCCGUGAUGGGGACCACGAGCAUUGUACCUCGGGAGGUCCAUCACCUCCAAGACAAACUCCUGAGACGAUGCGUGAUCGAUGCUCAGGGGCCUCUAUUGAUGCAUCUUCUUCCCAACAGGAGUCGAGUCUGCGCUGUAUUUCAUCCUCACCCCACGGAAGAUCUAAUGGAAUCAGUCUACCAAGAGAUUCAGCCCAGAUGUCGCCAAUGAAAACCCAAAACCUAACCUUAUCACAGCUGAGUGAUCAGGACUGGCUGCUGCUUUGUGGCAACGUUAGCAAUGCAAGAGAUGAUUCACUGUCAGGGGAGAGAGCAGGGACCAGUGUGGCACUUCCAAACCACAAUGACAGAUGUGGUUGUUCCUGUCCGGACGCGCACCAACAUCCAGAGGCUUCUAGUUUUCAUCCGCAUUCAAAACAGGACACUGUCCAGCAAGACUGCCUCUCCAGAGUUUCAAACAAGAGACGCCUUUCAUCUUCACCACACAUGCAGCCUUUCAUUCAAAGCACUCAAGCUCCGACAACUGUUUUACCACAGGAAAUAAACCAAAGGGAUCUUCUGAAACCUGCAGUGAACCACCCACAGGAUCCGUUCACGCUCCAGUGCGGUGACCAAGAAGGUCGAAAGGAGCUAUUGCAGCAACAACCUUGCAAUCAUUUUAAACUUAACGACAGCAGCCAAGCAACUUUAUUCAACAUUCCUCUGAACUCCAUCGAGUGUGCUGAGACAAAUCAGAAGCUCCAUCAACACCCUCAGCCUGCAGACCUCAACUGGAGAGAGCUUUUUGGCAAAGAACCACUGUUAGUUCAGCAACGUCCAAAGCACGAUUCCCACUGCUCAAUGAGCGGUGAUCAGACCUGCAAGUCAUCUGGAGAUCCUUCCAUCAUCCUCAAGUGCCGUCAUCUGGCUUACAACCCUUUAACCAGCACUCCGCAGGUGCAGAGGUCAUCCACUCCAGCCAGUAACACAAGUGUCCAGUCCUCCACCAGCCAGUACAGCUCACAGCAACAAAGUCAGGCAAACUAUCAGCACCGCAGUGGAUCAAGACUCUCGCUCCCUAAACACACUCCUCCAACGUCCUCCACCUUACAAUCUGAUGAUUUAGUCAACAGAGAUGCGGUGCGACCGCUGAGCAGCCACGGUACUUUAAGACCCAGUCUUGCAGAUCUCCACUCAGGCCAACAGCCUCUUCAGCUUCUCCACAGUGCCAUCCUGGAGGACGCCUUCUCCAAAGUCAUCAGAGAAGAUUCCAGUAAGGCCAACAGUGAGAACCGGAGCAGGGAUGAAGGCAGCGUACCACAGAAGAAGACCAAGGACAUUAGCUACCGCCUGGGUCAGAGAAAAGUGCUCUUUGGGAAACGCAAACAGUUGAGCGACUACGCGUUGGUCUGUGGGAUGUUUGGCAUUAUCGUCAUGGUGAUUGAGACAGAAAUGUCGAGGGGGUUUUACAACAAGGAAUCCAUAUAUUCAUACAUACUAAAAGGCCUGAUCAGCCUCUCCACUGCUAUUCUUCUUGGACUCAUUGUGAUGUACCAUGCCAGGGAAAUCCAGCUCUUCAUGGUGGACAACGGAGCCGACGACUGGAGGAUAGCAAUGACCUUUGAGCGAAUUAUCUUUGUCGUGUUUGAGCUCCUUAUCUGUGCCAUCCAUCCAAUCCCGGGGCAGUAUGUGUUCACCUGGACUGCUCGACUGGCCUUCAGCUACACAGCACCGGUGGCAGACGCUGACAUUGACAUCAUCCUCUCGGUGCCAAUGUUCCUGCGCCUCUACCUGAUUGGCCGGGUCAUGCUGCUCCACAGCAAGCUGUUCACAGACGCUUCCUCCCGCAGCAUCGGGGCGCUCAACAAGAUCAGCUUUGACACUCGUUUUGUCAUGAAGACUCUGAUGACCAUCUGCCCCGGCACAGUUCUGCUGGUUUUCAGUGUGUCCUGUUGGAUCAUAGCAGCGUGGACCGUGCGCGUGUGUGAGAGGUAUCACGAUGCACAGGCGGUGACCAGUACCUUCCUUGGAGCAAUGUGGCUGAUCUCCAUCACCUUUCUGUCCAUCGGCUACGGGGACAUGGUCCCUCACACCUACUGCGGGAAGGGGGUUUGCCUGUUGACAGGAAUCAUGGGAGCGGGCUGCACAGCAUUGGUGGUCGCCGUUGUUGCAAGGAAGUCAGAACUCACCAGAGCCGAAAAGCACGUCCAUAACUUCAUGAUGGACACUCAGCUCUACAAAAAGGUUAAAAACACAGCAGCCAAUGUGUUGAGGGAGACAUGGCUCAUCUACAAAAACACCAAGCUGGUCAAGACGAUUGACCACGCCAGAGUACGCCACCAUCAGCGUAAAUUCCUGCAAGCCAUCCACCAGUUGCGUAGAGUCAAAAUGGAGCAAAGGAAACUAACUGAUCAGGCCAAUACAGUUGUUGACCUUGCCAAGGCUCAAAACAUGAUGUAUGAUCUGGUGUUGGAACUUCAGCACCGGAGCGAGGAGCUGGACAGACGUAUUGUAGCUCUGGAAGAGAAAGUAAACUCCAUCCUUCUCAGCGUGCAGUCGCUGCCCGUUGUGCUUUCUCAAGCAAUAACAAAGCUACAAAAGGAUUUCCUGGACGACUUGGCCUGUCGUGUCCACUUUCUGUCAUCCUCCCUGAGCUCUGAGUGCUGUUCAGUCCCUGCCACGCAGCUCUGUCAAGGACCCACCACACCAGAGACACCCUACAGCUCCUAAGCCUCAGGGGUUUUCCUCUCUUCGAGUGUCCCCUGUGUGGCAACCCCCGGCGCAGCCUAAAGGCACUACCCUCAUUCAAAAUGAAUGGAAAGACCUGGGUUUUUGCCAGACUGUCGGACGGCCGACGCAGGCAGUCUGAACGCGCCCUUAGUCUGCAACCUUUUUUUCAUGCUGGGAAGGAUUCUCCUAACAUACACACACUUUUUUUUUAUUUUUAUAAAUAGCGCUCUGCUUCUCACACAGUUUCCAGCUACCAUCUCAUUCUGAGCAGCUCCAGUGAAAAGGGAAGUUCCCCUGUAAGGGGGAUUCUAGAGGAAGGGAAGAUCAUUAUUCAUUCAUUCAUUUCCUCUGCUUAAAGUUAGUUAGUCCAAUGACUGGGUUAUGGACAUUCAUCAGUCCAUAGAGCCUCAAUUUAUCUCGCACUAGAUAUCCAUUCAGGAUGAUGAUUUGUAAGCUGUGGCUUCAUGGAGCAUGAAUGGCUUAUCUUGUCUAAUUGAGUUAAUUCCUAAGCAAAUAGAUAAAUGAGGAAAGAUUCCCCCCCACCCCUAAUUUUUCGAGGACACCUCUUUCUGAAAAUCAUAAUACUGUAGCUGGAACUGGAAGGGUUCUAGAAAUAUUAAGGAUAGCAGCUGUUAUUACCAAUUAUCAAUGGUCGUCUCAGAAGUGGGCUUGUCCCUGUCUGGCUCCUUUGCAGAACUGGUUAUGAAAAAGAUACCCAGAAAUUAAGAGUUGUUCUUUUAUCCUUUUCUAUUAGAACAUGUUUUCUGCAGUUUACAGUAAACGAGGUCAUCCAUUAAAGAAAAGUGAAUAGACAUAUAGAAGAUAUUGAUGUUUAAUAUUACUUUCAAAGUAAUAAUGGUCUGGUGAUUUCAGAGCUGUCCAUGGCUCGUGAGACGUGUAGUCUCAGAUGUUCAGACAACUUUUAUGAUUGUGCCAAAUGUCAGAUUAAAGCCUAGAGUGGAAGAAAUCGCAGUCAGGGCAAUAGUAGGGCAUUAUAGGCUUUAGAACAGUUUGCAUUUUAACGCUGUAACUUGUUUCGAGGGCCACUUGAAUAGUCUUAUUUAUUUUCUUCACUCACAUCUUUGUUUGUUUGGGUUGUUUGGUGCUCAUUUGAGACCUAAUUUCUGUAUGGUGACUUGCUGCUUCUCAUGACAUUUCCUUUUGUAUCAGUAUCUUUUUAAGUUGUAAACAUAAAAAUCUUAAGAAACGCGCAAUAGAAAUAAAGUUAGUUUAUACUUUGUGUUUCAUGACAUUGAUAUGGCGUAUACUGCAAUAUUUAGUAACUCUUAAUUUUAUAGCAGCCACACAGCAUUUUAUUUUAGACUUAUUUUAAUACAAAAGUAAUAAAGACUUUUUCAAGAACUCUG